CAUAAACCCACAAUCAUCAUUUUCUUAACCAAUUCAGUUUCCUCUAUUGCCACCUCUCUCUUGCGUUCUCUUCCCUCUCUCUGUGGUAAUCUAUCAUAAUUUUAUGAUGGACUUUUGGCUGAACGUCAUGAGCUACCAUCCGCAAUCAAAAUCUAUGCACGCAUAAACAAGGAUUCAGUAAUUGAGGAAGUUGUUUCUAGAAUGGGAGUUUGUCUGAGCGCCCAAGUUAAAGUUAAGAGAGAGGGAGAGAUCUUUCACUGUUCUAAUUUAAAGAGCUUUAGUUUAUCAGAACUUAAGAAAGCCACAAGAAAUUUCCAUCCGAACAGUUUGUUAGGAGGUGAUUUUGGUUCUGUUUUUAAGGGUUGGAUUGAUGAGAAUUCUUUGGUGCCUGCCAAACCUGGCACUGGCAUUGGUAUUGCGGUGAAGAGACUUAAACAAAGUGGCUUACCGGAUCACACGGAGUGGUUGGCCGAAGUAGACUAUUGUGGACAAUUUUCUCAUCCUCAUCUAGUGAGGUUGAUUGGAUAUUGCCUUGAAGAUAAACACCGCCUUCUCGUCUUUGAGUUUAUGCCUCGCGGUAGUUUGGACAAUCAUUUGUUCAGCAGGAGACACUCACACUUUCAACCUCUAUCAUGGAGUCUCCGUUUAAAGGUUGCUCUUGAUGUAGCCAAAGGGCUUGCAUUCCUUCACAGUGCAGAAACAAAUUUGAUGUGUGUUCAUUUUAACACUACCAGUGUCUUACUUGACUCGAAUUACAAUGCAAAACUUUCGGCCUUUGGGUUGCUAAAGCAUCGACAGAUAAGCAACAUAGGUCAUUGCAUGCAGUUGGAGUUCAGCUCUGGUGGAUAUAUAGCUCCCGAAAUUUUAUUUACUGGCUUUUAUACUGCUAAGGCUACUGUCUACAAUUUCGGAGUAGUCCUACUUGAAAUGUUUACCGGCGAGAGGUUGAUGGAUAGGAAUCGACCAACUGGGCAACAGAAUCUGCUGGAGUGGGUCAGACCAUACCUGGCUAAGAAAUGCAAGGUCUUAAAAGUUUUGGACACGCAUCUCAAAGGGCAGUAUUCAGUUGAGGAAGCCUAUGAACUAGCCACACUCACCUUGCGAUGCAUAUCAACAUCACCCCGUUUCAGGCCAAAGAUAGAUGAAGUUGUUACAUUACUGGAGCAGCUGCAGGCUCCUAAUAAUGCUGAUUCAGGCAACCAAAUUCCUUCUUCUAGCGAGUCUCGGCCCUCUGCCUCAAUUCUAUAUACUUGAAACUUAACACAGCCUAAUAAU